GGGGAUAUCAGCCUCGCUCAGCCCUCACCAUGCAGCCUGUGCCGGGGGAACGGGGGCUGCCCUGGGCAUGUGUGUUCAGUGCUUGGUGCUGCCUCUCCCCGUCGUCAUUCCUGGGUACAGGAGUGAUUUGGCUGAAGACCAGCAGGAUGCAGCUGGACACGGGGAGGGGCUGGAGGCCGGCAGCAGCCGAGAUGGGGCACCGGAGCCCUAAGUCUGUUUUGGGUGCCCAAGGAUGGAAGCCUGCCUGUGGUAUGCUGGAGGAUGGGAAGAAGUUUGAUUCCUCCCGCGACAGGAACAAGCCGUUCAAGUUCGUGAUGGGCAAGCAGGAGGUGAUCCGCGGCUGGGAGGAAGGAGUCGCUCAGAUGAGCGUUGGUCAGCGGGCAAAGAUGACCAUCUCCCCAGAUUACGCCUAUGGCUCUACUGGCCACCCAGGGAUCAUCCCACCAAACGCCACUCUAAUUUUUGACGUGGAGCUCAUGAAAUUGGAAUGAUCUGUCCCAGCACCCUGUCCUUGGGUUUGGCACAUGGAGGAAUCCAGAAUCUCAGCUUCAAGAAGAGUGCACAUGACUUUGUACGGAGCUUUUCCUGAUAGUCCACUACACUCAUUGUAUAACCUUACACCUUGAUUGAAUGCCUUUGGUCACUAAGCUUUGCGUCUGACUCUUCCUCCUUGUAUUGUGUUUUUAUGUCUUUUUAAACUAUACGCCGUAAACCUCAACUCUUUUUGGGUCAAGUUCUUAAUCUUAUUUUUGUUCCAGGUGUAGACUACGUUUUACCAGUAGCACGCAGAUGGGCUGACCUUAGAUAGGAGUCAUUUGAACAAAAGGAAACCCGUUAGUUACUUGUUUUGGUGCAGAUCUCUAUGGUGUUUUCAAACCAGAAAUUGCUGCUGCUGCAAAAGCCAUAGCAGAGUGAGGCUGUCGAGGCUGAAUGGAUGCGGAGAGCAAAGUAGCGCUAGGAUUGUGUGUAGGUACCCUGCCUGGAACCAGGGCAGCGAGGGAGCAGCGUGUCUUUUCCCUGCUCCCCGGGGAGGGCGCAGCAUCACUGCGGGCACCGUGGGUUUGCUCCCGGGAAGGGGGGGCUGCUCUGCCCCUGCUUCACUCUGCCAUCUCACGGUGGACCUUCCUUCCCCACCCUCCCCCCCCCCCCCCCCAUCCCGCUUUUGGAUUUUAUGUGGAGACGGGUCCAUCAGAGCUCCACCACACCCUGAAAAUUCAGUAGCUUACAUUGAGCUUUCUUUAA